CCCCUCCAAACGUGAACCGGAAGUGGUGUUGUGUGCUUCUGGUUUCGGUGGCUUCGGCUCUCUCGCACCCGGGGAUUGCUAUUAAAAACAAAAGUCGUUGUCCAAAGGUGAUUUCUCUCACUUCAGUGAAACCGGCUGACUCUGUAUCAGGAAAGGUUUGCCCACGGGUCAACCCAAUCCAUAUAAGACCUCGUUGAGACUGUCUUCUCAGGUGACGUUAUGUCCUAUCGAAUUGACAAAACUAACCAUCGCAGAGGCAAGGGAUGACUGGAUUCUGAUCCUCCUGCGUCUGCUUUUGGUGUGCUCGAAUUUUCAAGCCUGCCUACGACCAAUCCGUUUUAUGUGGUACUGGUAAAGAAAUUCCGGGCCUUGGCUAAUCCAACAGUCUGCCACCUGAGCUAAUUCCCCAGCAGGUUUCCGGAUUGGGGUUGAUCCGCUUUCUAGGCGUCUUUAACUGCAUGCAUUCAUGAGUUGGACCCCCGGUGCUCUACAGUGUUGGAAGCCGUCUCCGCACGCACUGGUCUCAGCCUGAGGCAGCUGGCCAGCAAAACAGAAGUACCGCUGUCCCUGGCGGUGCUCUUGGGCAGGUCAUUAAUCUAUAGGGAAGAUUAAUCAAGAUAUUGGACGUCCGGUCUGGCGUCGCUGUGUAGGAAGAUACGAACUUGGUGACAGAUUAGGGCGACCGGCCUCCCUCGGUAACCUGCUACGGCCCUGACCCGUCUCCAGGUGGCCCUGGGCUCGGCGCCCUUUCUUCUGAGUGGCAGGAAAGGACCCACGUGCAGACACCCGAAACGGGAGGCAGGUUAGCAGGUAGCGGUCAACAGGUCGGCGUCCUGUGUUAACUUCGCCCUCCGCCAGGUCAGGUCAAUAGUGCGCUUGCGCGGGAUCGACGCCCCCAACAACCAGCAACAGCGCUGUGGUGACCCUGCAGGCAGAGCAGGCCAAUCAGCAUGCUGUCUUCUGGCCCCGCCCCGCGCUGCACCCGCCCCUUCCUCCGCAUGCUGAGCCCUGCACCGUCUGCGGCGCGUUGAGGUGAACGCGGCUCGGAGCUGUCCCCGGCGACUGAUCUGCUGCUGAUGGCAGUGAAGUGUGAGGAUGUCUGAAGCCGUGUAGCAUGCCUGGGUGGAGAACACAAGUUGUGCAUAGCCUGACUAAGGGCAGCUGUAGCUGCUGGUGUGUAAUUGUGAGCUGAGAGUAUGUAGCAGUUGCAGCAAUAGAAGCCAGAGCUGGUGCCGGAGCAGCUAACCUAGUGUGGCAGCAGCCUGAGGAGGGGGUCCAGGAGAAGCCCACUACCCAUGGGGAAAAGGAACCAAGGAGCCAGCAUGUGAAAGGCAGCUUUGCCUGAGGCUUCUUCCCCAGAAACAGACCUUUGCUCAUGUAAUGGGAUGAGCCAGAGUUGUUGCAGCCAGUGCUGGACUUAGGGUGACCUCCCUGCAGGGAUCACAAUGAUGAGCCCAGUUCCUGCCUGCCUUUGGAACGGCGGGGACAUCAGCUCUUGAAAGAAGAAACCGAGGAAUCUGCAGACCAGUUUUCAAGGCCACAGCCUGGUACUUUCCAGGUAUUAAAACCACAGAUUGUUGACUGGAAAGACAGGCAUCAUGUUCACAGCACCUGGCAUGGCAGCGGUUGGGGGAAGACCUUAUUCCUGCAGUGAAUGUGGAAAGAGUUUUCGGUACAGUGCAGUGCUGCUGCGGCAUGAACGUGCCCAUGGUGGUGAUAAGCGUUUCCGCUGUCUAGAGUGUGGUGAACGUUGUGCUCGAGCCUCAGAUCUGCGUGCACACAGGCGGACCCAUGCUGGCCAGACCCUCUACGUCUGCAGUGAGUGCGGCCAGAGCUUCAGUCACAACAGCCUGCUGGACCUGCACUUGGGGACGCACCGGAGGCGUAGCCACACUUGCCGUUGCCGCCUCUGUAACCACCGCUUCCCUCACGUCCCUGCACUGCUGCUGCAUCGGGUCCGUCAGCACCCACCAGAGAAGCCGCACCGCUGCCCACUGUGUGCCCGUUCCUUUCGGCAGAGUGCUCUUCCUUUUCACCUGGCACGGGCGCACCCCCCGGAGACCACCACUGCCACUGCCCCUUCCCCUAGCACGCUCCACCACUGUACACAGUGCCCACGGGCCUUCCGUAGCAGUGCUGGGCUACGGAACCAUUCCCGUAUCCACGUGGUGCUCAGUCUCAGAGACCCUGGCGCUGAGGCCCACCAAUGUGGUGUGUGUGGUAAGAACUUCAGCAAAAGUUCCACGCUUACACGACAUCUCCAGAGGCACUCAGGGGAGAAGCCUUUCAAGUGCCCUGAGUGUGGCAAGGGCUUCUUGGAGAGUGCCACGCUGGUGCGGCACCAGCGAACACACACUGGAGAAAAGCCAUACGCGUGUAACGACUGUGGACGCUGCUUUAGCGAGAGCUCCACACUACUGCGCCACCAGCGCAGCCACCAGGGUGAACGGCCACAUGUGUGCCCCACUUGUGGCAAGGGCUUUGGACAGCGGUAUGACCUUGUUGUGCACCAGCGCAGCCACACGGGUGAGAGGCCCUUCCCGUGCCCAGAGUGCGGCCGGGGCUUCACAGACCGCUCAGACCUAACCAAACACCUGCGCACACACACAGGGGAAAAGCCUUACCACUGUGAGCUGUGUGGCAAGCGAUUCACCUGCAUCUCCAACCUCAAUGUGCAUUUGCGCAAUCAUGCUGGCCAUAAACCACACAAGUGCCCAGAGUGUGGCAAGUCCUUCAGUGUUGCCUCCAAACUUGCACUGCACAGAAAGACACACCUAGGUGAGCGGACAGCAGAGUGCUCGGAGUGUGGCAAAUUCUUUAGCCAUGGCCGGUCACUGUCACAACACCAGCGGUCCCACAGACGUGCUCGAGCAGCUGCCAUGGCAGCCACAACCACCACCACUGUAGUCACUGAGGUGACAGUAAGUCCUCCCCUUGCCCUCACAGGGCCAAUGCAACAGGAAAAACCAGGGCUCUUGGUGUCUCCAUUUCAGGAAACUUGCUAAGAGGACCCCAUGAGGGGUGUGGGUGGACACACAUUGAGCCCCAAGGAACAGGGCAGCUCAGAUGGCUAGGUAUUCACCUAGCUUGCCUUGUCUCUAAACUGAGAUCCCCACCAGCUCUUCCAUCAUCUUCCCCAGCUCUAAGUACUAGGAGUCAGGGAACCAACACCACAUCCCUAUGCAAGAUAGACUAGGUGUUUGUGCUCUGUUGCUGCCACUCUGCUCUCCGUUGUUGGUGUGGCUCUUUAAGGAACAUUUGUUCAGUUAGAUCUCUUGCUUCUUAUUGAUCUGUUAUCUCUACUGCUUUCUCUUACUUAAGACAUGUAGUUGCAGAGGUGAAACAUAGGCAGUAUGGAAAACUGGAAUGGCUCCAUUCAUUAAAGGACCAAAAUCUGUGGCAAGUUACUCGAAGAGGUAAAAGUAGCCAGUAGCCUGGCUAGCCAUAUGUCCUUUUACAAGAUGCUUCUUAGGGCCCAACAAAUGGUUCAACACCAGUUGACAACCUGAGUUUGAGCUCUUGAACCCACAUAUGUACCAUCCAUGGCACAUGUGCACACACAAAGAAGUAUCUCCCCUUCCACCAAUAAAUGGCUCUUGGGACAGUUUUCUCUAGCCAGGUAAGAAUUGUUUGCCUUGGUAUGCAGCCCAGGACUAUGUGGGUCCAUAAAGCUCAGUGACACCAUGUAAAACAAAAUGUUAUUUACAGAUGAAGCUUCAAGGCACGAGGAGACAAGUUCCCUGGAGUCCUGGGUAAGGGCAGGAUGUAAAGCCUGGAAUUGGUCAAUGACUGCUUAUAGGUAGUGAAAUUGUUACUUGUUUGGGUUUGUGACACCAAGAACCCCUUUGUCAAAAUGAGUUCCAAGUUCUCAUCCCUUUUGGUGGUGGUUUCUUCACUGCUGUGACAAAAUGCCUGAGAAAAUCAACUUAAAGGAUUUAUUUUGGCUCGUGA